UACGUCUGAAAAGAUGUUCGUUUAAGGCACUACAAGUUGUUCUUAGGCGCGUGUGUAACAAUUGAGAUCGUCUUUCGCCGUAUGAAAAUAGAAUAUUAGGAAUCGGUCGAUUUGUGUUAAUGAGCCUUUUGAAGGAAAUGAUUGAUUCAGCGUUUUUGACGUUAUCGGGAAGAUUAUUCCAUUCAGAAACAGUGGACGGAAGAAAUGAAUUUGAAUAAAGAGAUGUUCGCGCUUGAAUUGUUUGGAGAUGUGAUGAAUUUCGUAAUGAGUAAUUAUUACUCGACCCAACUGAUGCGGGCAAAAGGGACUGUACAAGGAAGAAAACAUGAUGAUGACUGGUCGAGCGAAGAAGAUGAACGCCAGCAUUCCCAACUUUCUACAUAGACGACCAAAAACGUUCAUGAAACACUGUAUUGAGAAAAUUGAACUGUCCAAAGAUUGCCCACCGCCAGUUUCACUCAGCGACGAUAACGACGAUGUUCACAUGGUCGGACCAUACCGAAUUACACUUGGUGGGGAGAGUGACUUUCCGCAUUGUUCGUGUGCAGACUUCAACCGAUCAAUGAUGCUAUGCAAGCACAUUUUUCGAGUUCCGCGGAACGGCGAUACGGUACAGUGGGAAAGACUUUCUCCCGUUUACCGACAUUCGCCAUUCAUUAACUUGGACAGCGACGUCUUAGAUACUGUCAAGCCAUCUGAAUCAACCACAACAGAAAAUACUGAGGUCAGCGAAGUUCAACCAGUAAUUGUUAGUGAUAAUUGGCCAAGCAUAACAGUACUGCAAAGCAAGAUGCGAAAAGAACUGGACAACCUUCGAGAUCUGUCAUAUACCAUGACUGACAGAGAUGGAUUGAGAUCGCUGACGGAGACAUUGAAAAAGGCUAGAGAAGCUUUGUCCAAGGAACCUGUCUUAAGAACGAGGCAAGACCAAGUCGCACGCCACACUUCAAGACUGAAGUUGCGUAAGAAACGCAACAACAGCCGUAUCUUCUUCAAAGAAAACAUCUCAGUUCAGGAAGUGGUGGACGACAUGUGGGGUUUAGUCCGAAACGAUGAACAAUGCAUCGGACAAAUCGGACCAUACAGUCGGACGUCAGUUGGAGUUGACAGUCUACGGACUACAGAUGUGGUUUGCUAGUACCCUGCAUUUGUCGCAAUAGAAUACUAACAGACAAAUAAGAAAAACAUUCCUGUAACACCUUCUAAGACCUGAGCAAUUUGCAUAAAACGCGCAUCUAGCAGGAAAGGCAGGAAAGGAAUAUUAGGUGUUGAUUUUGAAGUGCUAUUCUUGGUCUUGAUGUCAAUGUUAACCUCUAAAACAAGUUCUUUCAUAACACCUUUUAUUUUUUCAUUAUUCAUCAUUUAAUGUUGCUAAUUUUCAGGUGAUUGAUUGCUAUCUUCACCUUCUCACUCAAGAUCGACAGGUAUUCCAUGUAAACUGCGUAGUCAUGACCGCAAUAUUUAUUGGAAAUUAGGACAUACGACAGUUAUUUUAAAAGCAAAGACUUUUAGAACACGAA